AUGGAAAACAAAGCCAGGGUGGCUGAUAAAGCUUUAAUACAAGUUAUCUUACAAGAAUACCGUGACCGUUCGGUAGAUUCAAUCACUGGGCCUACAGCCAUACGUAAAUACGAAGCCGCUACGGGCAGACAUCGAGUUUGGCCGGGCUUUGCUUCAGACAUUUUGAAAAGCAAACGCGACCAUGUUUCGUCUAGAAGGGAUCUAGACAGUGCCUCAUUCACCACAGCGCGUUUGCUUGCCCCGUCUGGAGUCGCCGCAGCGCGAAGAAGACCGAGCAAAGUUAAACGGACAUUGUUAGAUGGAAUCCCAAUCGCAUGUUUUAAUAUCGGUGGAGAAAAAAGGCUUUGUUUUGAACAGCUUUUAACGGAGGUACUAAAAGAGUUCACCUUAAGCGAAGUGAACAAUUCGCGUGAUCACUUGAAGAUAUAUUGCCCUAAAUGCGACGAGGAUCAACUAGAAUCGCUAAAACUCUCAAAAACCGUUCCCUGGUCAGACUCUUCUUGUCUUCUCAUCACCAAAAGCGAUGCGUACCGACUCUGUAGCGCUCUACUCGCGAACAAAGCGCCUCAAAGACACGAUAAAAAGUACACAAAACCGUUCCUCGAUGUCUACCACGAAUGUUUUGGUGGUUGCGAAGGAAUUUUCGAGCCAGAAAUUUACAACGAACCUCACGCGAAAUGCGUUACGUGUUUAGAAUGUUAUCGGAUGUUUUCGCCGCGAAAAUUUGUUACACAUAGUCAUGCGACGACGGAAAUUCAAACCUGCCAUUGGGGUAUGGACAGCUCGAAAUGGCGCGACUACCUGUUACUACCAGACGAAAAAGCAGACGACGAAUUGAUUAAGGUAGGCAAGUUUUGAUUUUCUUUGUCCCCUCUUAAUUCAACUCUAUAAAUACGGUCUGCGCUCAAGCUUACUUCGUCCUAUCUCGAUAUAAACCGGACUUUUAAAGAUUUAUCUUGGUAUUAUUAUAGAUUGUCUCGGCUUGCAUAUGUUAUAAUAUAGUCGGUUCGGUUUAGCUAGCGAGAUUACUUAACUUUUUCUAACCGGUCUGAUUAAUUUUUUAACCCCGGUCUUUCGUCUCGUGUAAACGCGAUUAAGGAGAACACUAUGACCGAAACGACAUCGUUCACAUUGCUGCCGCGUAUUUAUAAUAAUAGUUAUAUAUGUAAUGCAUGUUUUGCCUUUGCCCUUUGGCUUCUGUGAUUCCUGCAAAAUAUAGUAGUUGUCAAAUCAUAAUUUCAUAGUUUUGCCUUAGACCCUUAGUUGCUUGUGAAGAGUGAUUCUACACUCUGAUCAGAGACUAAACACCGCAAAUUUUCUCCUGCCCGUGUAGUCUCAGAAAUACGGAAUCCGUUCAGCAUAUACAAAUGUGCUCUUCAUGCAUGGAGCCGUGCACACUAGAAAUAUUUACAAAGAAGAGUAACGUUAUAAGUAUCAACUAUAAUAUAAUGAUACUAACUAUAAUGAUCAUGCACAAACAAUUAUGUUUGUCUUAAAAUGUUAUUAAAAGUUACUACAGCACAGAUGCAACAGGACAGAUCUUCUCUAGGUAUAACUCAGUCAAACAAAGGUCUUGCAUGUGACAAAUUGGAAAUUAGUCCUUACGGAGUUACGGCUUACUGGACAGUUAAGAACUAAUUGAGCUAUGGAGUAUAAAUAAUGUUAGCCCUGUAACCCUGUUUACUAAACUAACCUCGACACUAAUCUUUUAAUGGUGGUUGUAUAUGACUAUAUCAGCUCAAUUAGCCUUCAUGCUUAAAGUGUUCAGCAAGGGCCAUGCUUAUAUUCUGAAGCUUUACCUCAGUAGUACGAUUAAAGGAAAUGCUAAUCAAAAUAACAAACAUCGCGCAUAAAAGUACAAGUAUAAAACGUGCAUGUCUUGGAUUUUCAAGGUGUUUUCAUCUUUCCGUUCCGGUUUUUGUACUAUACUUUAUUACAAAUAUUUGGCGGCUGGUUCUGGCUUUUAAGUUAUGCCGUUAUUGCCGUACGCUUGACACUGUGCCCGCAUGAAAACUCUGUUUACAUAAGAUCACGCUAAUUCAUUCAUCUAAUUCAUGUCCUAUUUCCACAACUCAUCUCAUUAGACAUUACUCAAGCGAAGAUCUAGAGAAGUUAGCAUGCAGUAGCGAGCCCUCUCUAUCAUCUAUCCAACAUUAUCGUACGCAGAAGCUCUAGUAUAGAAGCAAGCGUUAAGAAUGGCAUAAUAAACUUUAUCAAUUAUUACAGCGUAAAAACUACUCACAUAGUAGUAUGAGAAAAGAGAAUAUUUUUAACCUGAUCUAAUAGUAAAACAAAUAUUAAAAUAGUUUUUUAUACCACAUAAUUCCAUGAUUAAUUUUGAGCAAUCUAUAGUAUAUAUGUAAACUAUAUGUGAACCAAAAGUUUACAAUGUUUUUAAUUAAAACUAUCUAUCUAAAUCUCAUGUGAUUUAUUGAUUGCAUUUCACAGAAAUUAUGGGAGGACGUAAAGAAACGCUUCUUUGGCACGAUACGCAAACGUAAGCUGUCGAAUUCCGAAGCGGAAAGCGUAGCAGAGAGCGAGUGUAGCGAGAGUAGCGCAAAGAAACGAAACUUUUUAACGUAUGCCGUCUCGCCAAGCGUCGAACGUCCAAGCGGAACGCCAAGUAGUUCCGUCAGUUCGCCAAGGGAGCAUAACGAAGCGAGUAGACGAUCUGCAUUUCGGCCGUGGUCUCCUUUAGAGGAAAAACACCGUGUCGAGGCCUCGAGCAAUAACAGUCAGACACUAACAACAUCAAGCCCGAGUCAUAGUCUGUUCAUACAACCCUCGUCGCACGCGAUGCAAUCCUCGUCGCAUUCGAUACAAACCGCAUCGCAUCCAAUACAACCCGCUUACAUUUCUAGAAACUGUGCUUGCCCACCGGCACCGUAUUCUGCGAUGAAUGGCUAUGUAACACAUUCGACGCCGAUAAAAAGCGAAUACUCCAGCGUAAUUUGCUCACAAGCUGUAAUUUCACACAGCCCAAAAUCUAGAUCCGAAAGCCCGCCAAAUGAAACGGCUGUAAUUCAAGAUUUCGCCUCUCCGGAGCGGGUUAAACAAGUACUAUCCAAGUACUGUCAACGUGGAAAUUUGCCGUCAGUAGACGAACUUAGUUUUGCGUUGGCAAAAGAGCUGCAGGAAUGGAGCUACGGGCAAUCGCGAGUUUUGAAUGAAUUAAAGGAGAAAGGAGAGAAACUACGCGAGGAAAUGAACACUCUACGACGUGAGAAUACGACGAAACUCGACUCCGCUUGUGAAGAAUUGAAAUGCUGUCAGGAGAAGCUUGAUCAACUGAACAG